AUGGAGUACAUCGUGGGCCGGGUGUGGAUCGGCUUCUGGUUUCCGUCUGCACCGCACCGGCAGUUCUGCACGUCCAACGAGCUGGAGUACCUGGUGGGGCGCGUCUGGAUCGGCUUCUGGCUCAUCCUCAUCGUGCUGGUCAUGGUGGCCUUCGAGGGCAGCUUCCUGGUGCGCUUCGUCUCCCGCUUCACCCAGGAGAUCUUCUCCUUCCUCAUCUCCCUCAUCUUCAUCUACGAGACCUUCUCCAAGCUCGUCACGAUCUUUAAGGAUCACCCGCUAAAGCGGCAUUACGACGUGAAAGCCACCGUCGAGCCCAAGGUGCCGGAACCCAACACGGCGCUGCUGUCCCUCGUCCUCAUGGCCGGCACCUUCUUCCUGGCCUUCUUCCUCCGCAAGUUCAAGAACAGCGCUUUCCUGCCCGGCACGGCCCGGCGCUUGAUUGGGGACUUCGGGGUGCCCAUUUCCAUCUUCAUCAUGGCGCUGAUUGACUUCUUCAUCACGGACACAUACACGCAGAAACUGAAUGUCCCCAAAGGGCUGGAGGUCACCAACUCGUCCGCCCGGGGCUGGUUUAUCAACCCCAUGGGGAAGGACAACACCUUCCCCAUCUGGAUGAUGUUCGCCUCCGUGGUGCCUGCCCUCCUGGUCUUCAUCCUCAUCUUCCUCGAGACGCAGAUCACAACCCUCAUCGUCAGCAAGCCCGAGAGGAAGCUGGUGAAGGGCUCCGGCUUCCACCUGGACCUGCUGCUGAUCGUGGCCAUGGGGGGGCUGGCCGCCCUCUUCGGCAUGCCCUGGCUCAGCGCCACCACCGUCCGCACCAUCACCCACGCGAACGCCCUCACCGUCAUGACCAAGACCACCGCUCCUGGCGAGAAGUCCCAGAUCUUGGAGGUCAAGGAACAGCGCAUCAGCGGCUUGUUGGUGGCCGUGCUCAUCGGUGUCUCCAUCCUCAUGGAGCCCAUCCUGAAGUACAUCCCACUGGCCGUGCUCUUUGGCAUCUUCCUCUACAUGGGCGUCACCUCCCUCUUCGGCAUCCAGCUCUUCGACCGCAUCCUGCUCUUGCUGAUGCCACCCAAGUACCACCCGGACGAGCCCUACGUCACCCGGGUGAAGACUUGGCGGAUGCACCUCUUCACCUUCAUCCAGAUCAUCGUCCUCGCGCUGCUGUGGGUGGUGAAGUCCACCCCGGCCUCGCUGGCGCUGCCCUUCGUCCUCAUCCUCACCGUGCCCCUGCGGCGCUUCCUGCUGCCCAAGAUCUUCCGGGACAUCGAGCUCAAAUGC